GCACUACGUAGAAUUCCUUUCAAACUCUACACAGAUACUUCGAGGUUGUUUUUUCACUGGAUUCUUUAGGCCCCUACUUCUGACACUAUACUGGGGGCUUCGUGAGAGAACCUACAAAGGCAAGCAUGACCGUUGUCAGAGCAUUGGCAGCCGUCUUUUUGAUGGCGGCAUAUGUUGGAGGCAUUCCAUACGAUACAGCUGGCUGCGACGUCAGUGGAAUCGACCUCGAAGGUGCCGUGGACAAAAUUCUUGGUAAAUUGCCCCGGUACUACGCGCCAUAUCCUGGUGGUUCUCAGAUCCCUUUCGCUGGUCUCGACACUGGCGCACUGAACGUAACUGGUCUUGACCAGACCCGGCGAUUCGGACCACUCCGCCCAUACUGUGUCAACGGGUUCCGGCUAAUGAUUGCGGAUUUCGUCAACGAAGGCGAUGCUGUCCUGUCGAUGCCGUGGAAGGCCUGUUUUGGAGAAGGCACGUUGAACUUGCGCGCCGAAUUCACGCGCUUUACGCUUGUGUUCCGUGUUAUAACUGGAGGACCGUUCAACAAUAAGGUCGGCGUCGUUUACGAAGGGCCAAUUAUCCCUGUGAUUUACUCAGGUCCACACAUCUAUAUCGAUGGCGCCGGUCAAGAAAUAAGGGACGCAAGCAUCAUCGUCAGCAGGCUCUUGCCGGGGAUCACUGGAAGAAUGUGGGAUGACUACUUCUUCCGCCAUUUUCAUGGGGCCCUCCUUCAAGCCGCGCGCGAAGUUUCGUUUGUUUGAUAUGUCGUUUAGGCAUCGGCGAAUUCGCCGUACUCGACAACCUUCUCUAUCUUCGGUUCAUAAGAAAUAAACUUUCUGCUCUACA